UGUUGUGGGAGCAUAAACAUGCAGCAGCAGUAGUUCUGAAGUCGUGUUUAGCAGAGAAACAUCACGGGAGGAAUUUCUACUAUAAUAUAGUAAGAACUGUCCUGGUUUAAAGCUUCAUUACUAUGGAACGCUGUUGUAAUUGCACAAAUGAAUGGGACAUUAAAUGUAUUCCAUCUGUGGCACAUUUGAUCUCUGGGGUUCUCAGUGUAGCGCUGGCCGUCUCACUGUGCUGGAAUAUUUAUUGCUGUGCUUCAAAAUACUGUUCAGGAAACCAGACAUGUCGACGGAAAAGACGUAGUCCAAGGCAGAGUGCAAGGCAGAUGGAAGAAAAUCCCAUUUAUGGAAACCUAAGCUACACCACAAGUGCAGCUUUGUUCACAGAGAGCGAUCUUCCUCACUCGUCACUCAGCUCUGCAUCUGUGAGGGAUCCACAGAGAGUCAAUUCUGACUCACAGCCCAAAAGUCAGGACUGCUAUGCCAACCUGACCCUAAAGGCUCCCAGGCUGCAGUCCGGCCGCAGCUCUCCACAGAUACAGCUCUCAGAUGUGGUGCAUUUAGAGGAGUCGCCAGAGUCUGACAAGGAGGAAGACAGUAGCACAGACAUCCUCUCCACCGUGUCUGAGCUGUAUGCUUCUGUGCAAACUCGAGCAAAAACCCUCGACACUGCUGACAUCGAUGAGGGCUAUGCCAACCACCUUUGAAUCCUGCAGGGCAUUGAUGCUGGAGGGACAUGAACUGCCUUUAUGCAGGUCGACCUACCACCACAGGAUGGCACUGUCUGUUAUUAUUUGAAAAAUGAUUCUUUAGUCUUCUGUGCAGUAAAGGACAUGUCUUGUGUAGAUUCAAUGUAGUUUUCUUGUUUUUGCAUUUUACUUAAAGAAAAUACAGCUUCUAUAAGGCAUUUUGAUACAACAUGUAUUCAGCAUGUAAUAUACAUUUUGCAUGUAUAUUAAAGAAACCAUAAUC